AUGGUGUCCUGCGACAACAUGGAUCUUGGAGGUUCAAUGGCGAUAGAGCACAAGUCUUGGAGGUUCAAUGGCGACAGAGAUGGAGCAAGGGCCGGAGCUGCAUCUUCUCUCUACCCGUCGACACUUCUCCUAUCUCCGCCGCCGCCUCCAAUCUCCGAUCUCCUGGAGUUAAGAAAUCUUUCUAACACAAAAAGAAGCGGCGAGUAA